GUGAAAAAGAACUUAGGUGCAGAAAUCAAGGCCAAUUUCCAAGCUAUGGAGAAGAGCAAAUCGUUCCCCAAGUACUCGUCCUCGUGUUCGGGUGAGUUCAGUUUCCAAACCCGAUCCAACUCGUACAAUUUCAACGGCCCGACUGGGAAGGCUACUGGGUUCUCGACCUCGACUGAUCCCGAGCUUCAAAGGAAGAGAAGAAUUGCGUCGUAUAAUGUUUUCAACAUGGAAAAUAAGGUCAAGUCUAGUGUAAAGAACAGCUUCAAGUGGAUCAAGACUAAGUUUAGCGACAUUCGCUAUGGUUUGUGAGUUUUUUUUUUUUUUUUUUUUU